AUGGCAGACCAGUGGACACAAUCAGUGGCGAGUGUAAAAAGAACAAUAAGUGAUUAUACAGAGCUCAGCGUUAUUAACGAGUCUUCUGCCAGCCCUGGCCUGGUAGUAAAGCUAUUUGGUCUCAGGAACCAUCGACAAGCUGAAGGGCUUCACUUCACUGGGUCCGAUACUAGAAUACUCCUUCGCGCCGCUAUUGCACAUUAUACUGCCAAACCCAUGGAGACAUUCAAUUUGGUCGCCGCAUCCCGCCCGUCAUGGCCAGUCCCUGAAGAACUGGGCCACCACAUUGGAGAAUUUUUGGCGGCUUGCCCUCCAGAGCCUGUGGACCAUUACCCCAUCAUUGCGUCCGCACUUGUAAUGAACGCAUUUCACCCAGGAUUACACUGUGAGUAA